AUGCCGUUCAAAGAGCUUCCUGCCAUUAUAAGGAAAGAAAUAACCUGGGGUAGAAACACAGUCUCCGAGGAUGAAUUACAACAGUUUGAAAUAGCCGAUCAAAAUGGCGUCUCCUACACAAUCGAGGAGGAAGAUAUUGCACCUACUGGUAGGAGGGAUUAUUGGCCGAUUUUCACCGCUGGCGCUGGAUUGUUCUCCGAUGGAUAUGUUAACAACUCCAUUGGUACGGCCGGCACUUGUCUAUCUAUGAUAUACGGUGAUCAAUAUACCCAUUCAAAUGCAAUCAAAAAUGUCGCUUCUAUUGCGUUUGCAGGUACUGUCAUUGGACAGUUGAGUUUUGGUGUGUUCUCAGAUUAUAUUUCUCGUAAGAUGGGAAUGCUAGUAUCCUCUGGUGGAUUGAUUCUCUUCUCCAUAUUAGCAGCGGGCUCUUGGGGGAAAGGUACCCAAGCCCAUUAUGGCGGUAAUGCAGGCGGAUUGUUUGCUGCAUUGACUGCAUAUAGAUUCUUUCUUGGUUAUUUUAUUGGAGCAGAAUACCCAACAGGUUCUGCAGCUUGUGCGGAAGCCUCCUCUCUUUUACCUGCAGGGAAGAGAAACAGAUACUUCACUUGGUUUACAAACUUUAUGAUUGAUACGGGAUUCGUUGUCUCGGCAUUUGUGCCUAUGGUCAUGUUAUGGAUUUGCGGACCUGAUCAUUUGCAACCUGUUUGGAGAGUCACUAUUGGUAUUGGGGCAAUUCCACCAAUCUCCUUGUUCAUUAUGAGGAUGUUCUACCAAGAGGGUAACCAAUUUCAGAAAUUGAACUUCAAACACACUAGAGUUCCAGUUUUAUUGACCAUCAAAUAUUACUGGUUUAGACUCUUGAUUGUUUCCAUUAUUUGGUGGGUUUAUGAUUUCUCUGCAUACGCAUUUGGCAUUUACAGUGCUCCUAUCCUUAAAACAAUCAUUAAAGAUGGUUCCUUAUACAAGACUUUUGGUUGGAACGUGGUGUUCAACUUGUUCUAUUUACCAGGCUCUUUUCUUGGUGCAAUUGCAACCGAUUACAUUGGUCCUAGAUUGACUCUAGUUGUUGGCUUGGUUCUACAAUCAAUGAUUGGUUAUAUCAUGGCCGGCUUAUAUCCUCGUUUAAUGGAGCACAUUGGUGCGUUUGUUGUGGUUUAUGGUAUCUUUAUGACAUUGGGCGAGUUUGGUCCAGGUGAUAACAUUGGUUUGUUAGCGGCAAAGACUUCUGCAACACCAGUGAGAGGCGUCUACUAUGGUAUUGCCGCAGCAGUUGGUAAAGUCGGCGCCUUUGUGGGAACUUAUGCAUUCCCUUCAUUUCAAAACCAUUAUCCUGGAAUUAAAGGUUACCAAGUUCCAUUCUGGUUGGCAUCUUCUUUGGCCAUUUUUGCAGCAUUACUUGCAUUUUUUGGAUUGCCUUCUGUUGAUCAAGAAGCUAUGCAAAGAGAAGAUUUCGACUUUUUAAGAUAUUUAUCUGCAAACGGUUUUGAUAUCAGCACCUUGGGUGACGGUACACUACUCAAAACUGACAACGUCAGUUCUACGUCUUCUUCGGAUGACAGACAUUAUGUUGAAAUUGAAACAGACGAGAAGAAAUGA